UGCUGCCCUCUGUUGGUACUGGCGUUGUGUAUAAAAUCUUCACGAUUUCAUUGCGUUUCCACUUGAACUCGUUUUGAACUCUUAUUUCUAUACAGGAUACUUCUGAAGAACUUUGAAUGUAGGAUGCAGUUUUUCGACUUCUCACGUACAAUAAGUUGGAUGUAGUUAAAUGAAUCUUGAUUGGAUAUUCAUAGUCACAAAGAAUACAUUUCGCCAAAGGCAAAUGCUACUGAUGAACUUUUCACUUUUUCUUCGGUCCCACUAAUCGUCUAUAUUGUUAGAACAAAAUCAACGAAGGAAGAAGAAGGCACGUGUCGUGAAUUGUCAAUUGUCGAAUUAAAACAAUCGUUUCAAUAAUGGCGUUGUCUAAAAGAGACAUAGAGGAGUUGCGACCAGUUGUUCAGGCUUCGGUUUUGAAAGUCCUUGGAAUCAGUGAGCCGAGUGUGGUUAUUGCUGCUGUUAAUUGUAUUGACCAGAGGAUGUCCAAAACAAAAACCGUUGAUAUGUUAAAGCCCUUGCUAGAAGACUCUGCUGAGAGGUUUGUGGAGACCCUAUUUGCAGAUGUAGCAGGUUUUCAAGGUGGAAGUAAAGCUUCAAAGAGAACCAGUAAAGAUGAUGAUGGAUAUGAGGGACACAAGAAGCGUUCUAAAUUCUCUCACUUUCCCGGUGAAGACGAGAAUGGAGUCAAGUUUUCAAAGAGUCAGCCCGAGGCUCUGAGAAAUGAUGCUCUAGAGAAAGCCAAGAAAGCUGCUGAGAUACAAGCACGCAUACAGGCAACUAUGAUGAGUGCUGGGUUAGGUGGUUUGAAACUACCACCUAUGCCUGGAAUACCACAAGCACCUGCAAUACCUAAAGUACCAGCUCCUAAAGAAGAUACCAGUCAGAGUAAACCACCACCAGCUGUUCUUACUAAACCAGCACCAUUGAUUCUUGAUGAUCAAGGUAGGACAAUUGAUAAAUCAGGACGUGUCAUCAUACUACCGCAACACAGACCAACAAUUAAGGCUAACAUCAGAGCCAAACGGAGAGAAGAAUUUAAGGCCAAUCAGCAGGAAAAACCACAGGACUUCUCUUCUGACUCCAACCAAUUCUUUGAUCCAAGGGUAGCACCAGCAGUUGGUAGAGCAAGCAGAAAGACAUUCAAGUUUCAUGAAAAGGGCAAGUUUGAACAGGUUGCACAGAGGAUAAGGGCCAAGUCACAACUAGAGAAGCUUCAGAAUGAGAUUUCUCAGGCAGCUAAAAAGACUGGAAUUACAUCAGCAACCAAACUAGCAUUGAUUACACCGAAGAGAGAAGUGAAAGAGAAUGAAGUACCAAUUGUUGAAUGGUGGGAUAGUUUCAUCCUCCCCACAGAGUCAUAUUCAGAUGUGAUUACAGACACAUCUCAAGGGAGUGGAAAGUUUGUAGGCAUUACUAAUUUGGUAGAACAUCCUAUCCAGAUUGAACCACCAGCUGAGAAGAAAGAUGUUGAGCUUCCUAUUUAUCUGACAAAGAAAGAGAUGAAGAAGCUGAGGAGACAGAGGAGGAGAGAAGGAUUAAAAGAAAUGCAAGAAAAGAUCAGAAUGGGACUUGAACCACCACCAGAACCAAAAGUACGGAUGGCAAACCUAAUGAGAGUUUUGGGUACAGAAGCUGUACAGGAUCCUACUAAAGUAGAAGCACAUGUCAGAGCUCAGAUGGAGAAGAGACAAAGGACACAUGAGGAAACCAAUGCAGCAAGGAAGCUCACUGCAGAACAACGGAAAGAGAAGAAGGAACGCAAGAUAAGAGAAGACACUUCAUCAGGUGUCAAUGUUAGUGUGUACCGGGUGUUGAACUUGAAUAAUCCAGCUAAACGUUUCAAGGUUGAAGCUAAUGCCCAGCAGCUUCAGAUGACAGGGAUAGCAGUGGUACAUAAAGAUAUGAACUGUGUAGUGGUAGAAGGGGGACCAAAGCAACAGAAAAAAUUCCAGCAAUUGAUGUUACAUAGGAUCAAAUGGGGUGAGGAUAAAAGGAGCAAACACAAUGAUGAUGACUCUGGAGAUGAAUCCGAUAAAUCCAAUCAUUGUCAGCUGAUGUGGACUGGAAUGAUCAAACAACGUAAUUUCAGUGAGCUUCAUUUCAAGAUGUGUCCAACAGAAGCUAUGGCUAGAGAACAAUUUAAGAAGCACAAUGUGGAGCAGUAUUGGGACCUUGUUCACAGUCAAAGUGUUCUGGAAUCUACAGAUUCAUGAUGGAUAAACAGUUUGUACAAAUCAAUCAUCAAAGCAAAAUGUCGGUAUCUUUGUCUUUUUCAGAAGUGAAUAUUAUUUUAAUUUUUUUUUUCUUAAAGCAUGUUUCAUUUAGGACAUUUUGAAGAAUCUCCCAAUAAACCAAAAAGAAACUUGACAUUUAUUACUUAACAUGCACAGUGAAGUCAUGGCCAAAAGAGAUCUGAGGCACUUUUCAGUAAGAGUUGCAUUCAAAAGCAACUCCUUAAUACACAUGUUUGAUUGGUUGAAAAUCAAGUUGUGUUUGAUUUUAUGAUAUGCGUUUGUUUGCAACUCUUUUUUUACAACAUGGUCCCUGUAACACAGAACUUAAAAUGUGAUAUUAAAGUUGAUUUGCACAAUUGAAUGCGAGUUAUUGAUGCAAAUUUGUGUUAUUUGGGCUUGAUCUAAAGGGAUUGCUUUUUUGUCUUGCCUUCCAUCUUCUGAUGUUCUAGAUCUGUUUCUGAAGGUGGGCUGGUUUUUUUUUUUGGGGGGGAGGGGUUAUCACUCUUAUGAGGCUCAGACAGGAUAACAGCAAAUCAGAUUAAAAAGAUAUUUCUUAUUGAAACAAAACAAAAAUAUUUGUUGACACUGGUAUUGCUUAAUUUCAUUCCCCCAAGGUUAUUGUGAUCCUUGGUAAAUAUACUCAUAUCUUUGAAAUAGGUUUUACCUUAAACAAAAGAAUACACCAAAAGUUUAUAAAAAUAAAAAAGAUAGACUUUAGAAGGAGUACACUUUUUCAAAAUGUCAGAUCACAUGAACUUUAUCAGUCUCUAAUGUAUAGCAAGGCUGAAUGACUUUUUGGUGAAAGCCUACCAAAACCUCAUCAAUUUUCAUGCCAACUUGUAAAUACUUUUUCAGUAUUAAUCAUAAUCGAUAAAGCUUCUUAUAUUGAACUCGAGUCAAAUUCUUUUUAAGCAUAUAGGUAUAAAAGUAUUUUGGUUUCUUUUGUGAAAGAAUGAGUGAUUCAUUGAAGAUGAUGUGAUCCCAUUUUGAGAUUGUGUGUAAUGAAAAGCAAAGGUACUUUUAUGCUUUAUUGCUCUUUCUGUUUCUAUCUCUCAAGCUAAUGGAGAUACAGCAGUUGAGACUGGCCACAGGAUAAUAUCAACACUGUUCUGGUAACGAGUCUUUUAAGUCACAUCUAAGUAUGUUAUCUAUUUCUCUGUUUGAACAUUAUUACUCUGUCAAUGGAGAUGCUGUUGUAUAGUAUGCAUGUGUUCAUUUGAUAUCAAGGGUAUAGUAUUUUGAUACCAAGUUCAGUAUAGCUUUAAUAAUUCAGUCCAGUUUUCUUGAGCAUCUGUGAUUGCAAACUCAUUUACCCUAUACAGAUUGGUAAACUCUGCAGUGAAAAGUGUUAAUUGAAAUUAAUUUUGCAUAAGUAAAAAAAUAUGUAUAAACUGAAUAUACAGUAAAGUUUUUGCUAGGUAAUAUAUUGUUAAUGAAUAUUGGGAGGUUAUUGAUGAAUCCCAGCAUUCCAAAAAAGUUUUAUCUUGACUUAGGGCCUGGAUUGACCACCCAAAGUAUUAUUUUGCUCUUUUGAAAGCAAAUCGUGAAUGAAACCAAUCAAUUGAAACAAGACCUCGGAAGUGUCCUGUAGGUUAUAACCUUGCUUUCUUCUUGCAGUUACCCAUAUAAAGAAAAGGGUAUGGUUGAUUCACCUGGACAUUUUUUGUGAGGUGAAAAGCUCUUGCCACAAUGUUUCAUGACUUAUUUCUUUUGUCUGGUGCAUCUAUUGAGACAAUUUUAAUGAUGCCCAAGUGCAUGGUUCUGAAGUAAAGAUUUUGUAUUUGCAUAUACUUUUGAAAAAUGAAAGUUACACCGCCAGUAUUUGAGGGAAGAGCCUGAUAUCAUGAUUGAGUACUCCAGUAAAUCCUACCUUAUUUCAUUUCUAUUACACCUUUAUUGAUGAAAGCUAUAAGAUAUGCACAGUGAAUCUUUUAUUCUUCAAUUUUGAAAUAUCUUUAUGUCUCUUUUUUUUUUUAAAUAUUCCUUGUAGGACUAUAACUAGCAUUUGUAUAAUAUAUCUUUAUCUCUAUUUUGAUCUAAAAUUUGUUUUUUUGGUUGUCAAUAUUCAGUUCUUUUAUUUAUUUGAGCAGGAAUGAUAAAAAACAUUUCAGUUAUGCCCCAGCAUUUGAGAGUGGGGGUAUAAAUAUAAGUAUCUAUUUCACUUAAGAUCAUAAAAAUGUAGGGCAAGGUAAGAUUGUAUAUUGCUUUUGAAUUGUGGCAAGAUAACGUAAAAAGGAGCUCCUACAUAUAAUGAAAAUAUGUAACGAGAUUGUAUAUCACUCAAAACUUUCAUUGAAUUUUUAGCUUUUUUGAAUAAUGUUAUCCUAAACCAAUUCAAGCUUGGAAUCAUACAUCAACAAAUGAAUUAUUAAAAGCAAAGAGCAUAAUUCUGUCACAAAGUGUAACACUUCACAAUGAUUUUGUAAACUUGCCCCUGCUCAUGCAGGUGGUCUAGACAAAACAAAGCUAGCUAACAUCACAAAACUGAAUGGACUACAUUGUCGAUGAAAUUUGUUAGUAAACUUGGUUCUUGCCAUGAUUUUUACAGCAAUGUACAUGACAUAAUAGAUAUCAGGUAUGCUUUGAUUUUUUUUGUUUGAUUUUUAUUCUCCAGUUGGAAUCAAAUGUUCUCAUCCUAACUCAACCCAUCAAUACAUCAAACAUAUUAAAGGUAGGUAUCAUCAUUAUCACAUUGA